UACCCUGUCUGCUUCUGCUCCCGCCAUUAUAAAAGGCCUCGAGGUAGACUGGACUAGGACGCGUCGAUUGUUGCGGCAGUCGCAGUCUCACACUCACACAUCACGAGCUAUCUCCGGCUCCCAUUAAUCCGCCAGCCAAGCUCCGUGUUCCCACCCUCCCUAGAUAGAUGGAAGCGUACGCGGCAAUGGCGUCGCCUCCGCCGCCCACCACGACGAAGGCCGUGGUGGACAAGCUCAGCUACGAGAUCUUCUCCCUGCUCGAGAGCAAGUUCCUCUUCGGCGCCGGAGCCGGGUGCCUGUCGUCCUCCGUCCCCGGCACGCCGGCGCGGGCGCUUCUUGACGGCGGCCGCGUGCGGGUGCUGGCGAUCGACGGCUGCGGCGCGGGCGCCGAGGACGCGCUCCUGGCCGCCGCCGCGCUCGCGAGGCUCGAGGCCGGGCUGCGCGACCGCACGGGCGACCCUGACGCGCGCGCGGCCGACUUCUUCGACCUCGCCGCGGGCGCCGGCGCGGGCGGUGUGCUCGCGGCGAUGCUGUUCCUGAGGGGCCCCGACGGCCGGCCGCGGUACACGGCCGACGACGCGCUCGCGUUCGUGGCCGCCAGCGUCGGCGGCAAAGGCAAAGGCUGGGGAGGAGGCCGGCGCGGGCCUCGGUGGGCGAAGCUCUUCCGAGGCGCCCGUGGCGGCGGGGACGGGGACGACCGGUCGUUCCGCCGCGUGUUCGGCGACGCCACGCUCAGGGACACCGUGGCCCCGCUGCUCGUGCCGUGCUACGACCUCGCCACGGCCGCGCCCUUCGUGUUCUCGCGCGCCGACGCCGUCGAGAGCGACAGCUUCGACUUCCGCCUCCGCGACGUCGGCGCCGCCACCUGCGCCGCGGGCGGCGCGCUCGCGACCGUGAGGUCGGUCGACGGUGCCACGGCCAUCGCCGCCGCGUCCGGGGGAGUGGCGGCCAUGGGCAACCCGGCCGCGGCCGCCGUCACGCACGUGCUCCACAACAAGCAGGAGUUCCCCCUCGCCACCGGCGUCGAAGACCUCCUCGUGCUCUCCAUCGGCGCCGGUGCCUCCUCGGCCACCGUGUCCGUGUGCGACGGGUCGAGCACGCCCAUCCCCACGCGUUCUCCGUCGCCGCGGGAGCUGGCGCGCGUAACCGCCGAGGGCGUCGCGGACAUGGUGGACGAGUCGGUGGCCAUGGCGUUCGGGUACGCGUGCGGAAGCAACUACGUGCGCAUCCAGGCCGGCAAGGCGCCGGCGCCGCUCCAAGCAGCCACCGCAUCCGCGGCAGCGGGAGCCAUGCUUGCGCAGCGGAACGUGGAGUCGGUGCUGUUCCGGGGGCGGAGGCUGUCGCAGCGGACCAACGCCGAGAAGGUGGACGCGCUGGCCGUGGAGCUUGUUAAGGAGCAGGAUCGGCGGCGGCGCAGCCCGCUUCCGAACGUGGCCAUCAAGCAGGUGGCUACGCCGCGGCUGUCGUCGGCGACCACGACGUCAUCGGGUACCGUGACGGCAAGGACCGCGUCGACGAUGCCGUCGCCGGCGUCGUGGGAUUCUCGGAGAUAGUCGAGUUAAUUAUGCCGUGACGCGAUGACGAGUUUUUGUUUUCAAAUGCAUGUCACUAAACGAGGGUAGAGCAGUGACGUGUGUGUUCUUUUGGAUAAUGGGCCACCGACGUGUGGGCCGCAAGUUUGAAAAUGAACUCAUUUUCAAGUAUUCCCUGGAUAGUAACAUCAUCGAAGUAGUAGGACUAUAUAAUUGCUCAAAAAAAAUUCGAAGUAGGACUAUAACCAAGUAACCAACUGUCAUCCUCGAAAAGAAAUCUCUCCCGGAACCAAUUACACUUGAUACUUUAUGUUACAAUGAUUGCUAAUGAGACUGUAUAGUUGUACAAUGUUGUCAUGCCAUUUAUCUAGAACACAAAUAUUAAAAUUAUUUAUCAUAAAUAAAUUUAGUUAAAUUUGAGUUUGUUGAACCGACAUGAAUUCUAUAAUUGUAUUUUUUUUUCCGACGGAGUGAGUAUGAUAUCUCGAGUUGGCUAUAAGAUUAGGAUAGCCAUUUUUUC